AAAACAACAGACGGGGCAAAGAAACCAUCACCAAAAAUCCACUGGUUUUUUCUCUUCCUCCCUAUUUUUUAUUCUCAAAACAAUCGAACCGCCAAUAGAUCUCUGAUCCACCACCAACAUUUGAAGUCAAAGUUCCGCCUUCCAAGAGAUCUUAUUCUCCUAUAAAUACAACUUCCAUUUAUUGUCGUGGCCAAGUCAACCCGGGUUACACUCUUUUUACUCGCAAGUCACAAUACUACUCCAAUAGACAAACAUACAAUCUAGGUUGUUCGAUUAAUUAUGGGUAACGUUUUAUGUAAUAGUCUUCUUUCUCUUCUUCUUUUUGUUCUGCUUCUGUUUUGUAGCUCAGGAGCAGAGGUAGUUACUAUAGAUGUUCAUGCAGCUCAUCAUCUCCUCCGUUCUGGCCACCGUUAUCUUGAUGUUAGGACGGAAGAAGAAUUCAAGAAAGGGCAUGUAGAGAACUCUUUGAAUAUUCCCUAUAUGCUUAAUACUCCCCAAGGUAGGGUGAAGAAUUCAAAAUUUACGGUGCAGGUAUCUUCAGCAUGCGACAAGGAAGACAAGUUAAUUGUGGGAUGUCAAAGUGGUGUGAGAUCCUUGUAUGCAACUACUGAUCUUCUUACUGCUGAAUUCAAGCAUGUAAGCAACAUGGGAGGGGGCUAUGUGGCUUGGUUGGACAAUGGAUUUGCUGUAAACAAAUCACAAGAUGAGCUUUGAUCACUAAUUCUACUUUUGUUGUGCUAGCUAGCAAGAGAAGUGUAGAUAUUCAAUUUCUCAACCACGACAGAAUAAGUUUUUCCUUAAAAUCAAGUAGCUACGUACAUCCUUCUGUAUUGGUUACUCAAUUUUAUGACUACGAGAGUUUACCUUUUCCCUUGUACAAAGAAAGAGGUUCGAAUUUGUCGCCUCUUAUGACCAAUUUGAGAAAUUGAAUGCAAAAUCAAUUGAUAAAA